AUGCUUUGGUUGAGUAACUUAGUUUGGGACCUUGUGACUUGUCUAGAUGGCAAGGCCAAAGCUUCCAAAGCUUCCUCAGGUUCAAGCUGUUCCUCUGCUUCAAGCUCUUCCUCUGCUUCCUGGUCCAAGUUCCUAGCAACCUCCUCCAUGAUCAUAUCAACCAAAGCGCGCGAGCUGGGGAUUAAAGCCUCGCGGCCGUGCAACUCGCCUCACGUACCGCGCACGAACGCUCCGUCCGACCCGGGGAGUAACGCCUCGCGUCCGGCCGAGAGAUUUCAUCGGCCAAAUCUAUCCGCCGACCACGCCGGCCGACCGUGA